CUCUUCAGUAAACUCAUGCAUGCGUUAUGCUUGCUUUCCUCUGCGUGGCUGACCCGGGUGGACUUUGUUCGAGCGAGCGUGGGCGCAAAAGAAAGACAAAGAGUUAGCCCAUGCGAGCAGCGUGUGGACUGUGUGCAGCUGUUUCGUUCCGAGCAGAGCCCAACAUGUGAGAAGAUGUCUGUUGGAGGUUGUGCUUGUCCCGGCUGUUCGUCAAAGUCAUUCAAGCUGUACUCUCCUAAGGAGCCCCCCAACGGCGGCAGCUUCCCCCCCUUCCACCCAGGCGCUAUGCUGGACAGAGAUGUGGGGCCUACACCCAUGUACCCCCCGUCAUACAUGGAGCCUGGAAUGGGGAGACCCACACCGUACGGGAACCAGACAGAUUACCGGAUAUAUGAGCUGAACAAAAGGCUACAGAAUUGGACAGAGGACUGUGACAAUCUCUGGUGGGAUGCCUUCACUACAGAGUUUUUUGAGGAUGACGCCAUGCUCACCAUCACUUUCUGUCUGGAAGAUGGACCCAAACGAUACACCAUCGGCAGGACGUUGAUUCCACGAUACUUUCGAAGUAUCUUUGAGGGGGGCGCCACUGAGCUGUUCUAUGUUUUGAAGCAUCCAAAGGAGUCCUUCCACAGUAACUUUGUGUCUCUCGACUGUGACCAGUGCACCAUGGUGACCCAGAACGGCAAACCUAUGUUCACACAGGUUUGUGUGGAGGGCCGUCUCUACCUAGAGUUCAUGUUUGAUGACAUGAUGAGGAUCAAGACGUGGCACUUCAGCAUCAGACAACACAGAGAGGUCCUACCAAGGAGCAUUUUGGCUAUGCAUGAUCCCCAGAUGCUCGAUCAGCUGGCUAAAAAUAUCACCAGAUGUGGGCUGUCUAAUUCUACGCUCAACUACCUCCGUCUAUGUGUGAUAUUGGAGCCCAUGCAAGAGUUGAUGUCCAGGCAUAAGACCUACAGCUUGAGCCCCAGAGACUGCCUGAAGACCUGCCUCUUCCAAAAGUGGCAAAGAAUGGUAGCACCUCCAGCUGAGCCAGCCAGACAAGCUCCGAACAAGCGGCGGAAAAGGAAGGUGUCCGGUGGAAGCACCGUGAGCUCCGGCGGAGGCAGCAAUAACAACAGCAACAGCAAAAAGAAGAGUCCAGCCAACAGCUUUUCACUCUCCAGCCAGGUACCUGACGUGAUGAUGGUGGGAGAGCCCACUCUGAUGGGAGGGGAGUUUGGUGACGAGGAUGAGCGUCUGAUCACGCGGCUGGAGAACACGCAGUUCGAUGGGGCGAAUGGCCUGGAGGAUGACGACAGUUUCAACAGCUCGCCUGCACUGGGGGCACACUCGCCCUGGAACAACAAGGCUCCCUCCAGUCAGGAGAGCAAGAAUGACAACUCCCAGUCGUCCCAGUAGAGUGCUGAGGUCCCAGCCAGCCCCUUUUUCAAUGAUUAAAACCUACUGGGAUCCACCUGAGCCAACACACUAGCGAGAGGAGUCAGGGAGGGUCGCCUCGAGCACUUGUUAAUUAAUUUUUGUUUGUUUUGUUCCGUUAUGUUAUUUUGAAGAUGAAAGGAGAGUGGUUAGGGAAAGGGAUAAUAGCUGAUGGACUGAUAAAGCUUUUUGCUGUCACAUGAAGGACAGUGUCAGCAGAAUCCCACUCGCUCCCUCACAUUGUUGUACAUGCUCAGUGGUGCUCAGCCUUGGCCCUUGUCUGCUCGGCUUCAGUCAGUCCUCUUAGAGGUGUGGUGAGACUGGCGGGGUGGCGGUGUGUGUGCAUGUGUGUUUACCCCCCAUCAUCGCUCACCACAGUGUUUGAGCCAAAGUUGGCGUGUCCUGUUGUCAGAGUGCUCGCCAUGGCGACCAUGUCAGUGGGUUCUUGUUCCAACCUCGGGUCUCUCAGGCGUGCGUUUUCCUUGACGACACACCUCGUUGUUUCUGUUGUGCUCAUGUCACAGGGAAGAAAUGCUUAGCUUUUAUUUAACUUAUUUUUUUGCAGGCUGCAGAAAACUGUUUGCACUCUUAGCAUCAAAAUUCAACGUUCGGUUUUUAAAAACUCAAUCAUUUGUUUUUGUAGGACCUGGUUGGAACAAAAACCUGUACAGUGCCGGAGCUUGAGGACCGGAGUUGAGAACCACUACGCUAAAUCUUAAACACACACACACCACACCCAAACACUGACACAUACACACACACACACACACAGACCAGUACACACACACACACACACACACACACACACACACACACACACACACUUACACCUGCAGCAUAAAACAUUGAGGUACUGGAGAGAGGUGGUACGCAGCAUGUCUGGACCAGAGAACCAGACGCUACAAAAGUGUGUUUUCAUUUUCUAUGUUUUAGACUUGUUUUGAAUUUUUAUUUUUAUUUUUGUAAACAAUUUCUAAAAAAUAAACAGACAAGCAAGCAAACAAACACCCCAGAAUAUUCUUUGCACUGUUUUCCACUAUUAACUCCAAUCUAUUUUUCUUAUGAAUUGGUAUUGGACGGUGUAUUUUAUUUCUUUUCUAUUAUUGCUAAUGUAAGAACUGUAAAACAUCUGAAACCUGCAGUAUAUUAAUGUAUAAGUAAUGCUGUUAAAUCAUUCUUAUUGUGAUGGUAAUAACUUUCAUGUUAGUCUGUGCUUGAUAUGUCAUCCAUCUGUGUCAGACAUCACACUGUCACCAGGUCCAGUGGCUUCAAUGCUAGAAAACAGGUUGGGGAGAACAAGACUAGUGUUUUAAUACUGUACCACAUCUUGCUUGAUGUGAGUCCAAAGCAGCACACUGGAAACCACUUUCCCCACUAAAUUUCCAUCAAACGCCUGGUUUGUAUCUGUUGACUUGUCAUUGCAGAACUGUUUGCUUUGUGUUCUAAUCUCUAUCUGGGGGUCCUCUCUUCAGAGAACAUAGUAAAAGAAAACUUCUCAAAUUUGCUACUCAAAAAUAUUUUAAAAACAAGUUUUGACAGGAUUGUAAAAUAAGAAAAAAAGACUUUUGUAUUAACUUAAGUUUCCCAGAAAUGUUUUUAAUCACAAUUAAGAAAGCUGCAGACCAAGGAGCGUCAUGUAAAGAUUCUUUAGAUAUUGAUUACACUGUGCUGUUUUGUUUUAUGAAGAAUCAUUUUGUUGGCUUUACUCCUCAUGUUUGUGUCUGUGCUUGUAUAUUUUUAGGUAGUAAUUUCUGUAAAAGUUAUUCUAUGUAUUCCUCCCUAGAACUAUGAGAAACUCAAUCUAAUGUAAAGAGAUGAAAAGCCUCUUAAAAGUUUUUUUUAAACGUGAUUUUUAAUGGUACAAUCACUGAUAAAAAAUUUUGCCCUCAUUUUAGCAAACCGUAUUUAUUUUUCUAUGUACUGACAUUCUGUUUAGGUCCAACCCGCCUGUACAGUACUCAUGAUAAUAUAUGGGGGAGUUUGUGGGGCUGCUGAGUCAUUUGCUAAUCAAGGUCAUUCCAUUACUUAUGUUUUUGACAUGCAGCUCCUGGGUUACUCUGGCCUGUUUAUUACAACGGUUCAGUACGUUCACAUUAAAGAGAUAUUUAAUAGCCAUUUUCCGCUGUUGUAAGUUCCUGGGCUAUUUGAAUAGAUAACCAUAUUUAGAGAAAACGUCAUCCUUUUUUCUGGGAAGUUUUUCUAUUUCAUGGUGAGUCAUCCUCUGAGGAAGAGCCUCGAGUUCUUCAGAUGCAUGAAAUGUGCCACAGUGGCCUUCAAUUGUGAUUUUUCUGGUUUUCUUUUGUAAUGUAUUUGAUGGAUGUUUUUCAGAUACAUUUCAAAUCUAUAACUGAUGAGUGAAAAAUGCUAAAUUGAUAUUUCAUUAAUGGCGAAAUAUGCUGACCAUUGACGUUACAUCUUAUUCUGGGGAAAAAAGAGUCACUGGGCUUGACCUUAAGCUGCUGUGUCAGGGUGUCCUGUUUACCUGCAUAUGAUGGAAACGUUGCCUAACUCAUGGGCUUCAGCGUCACCCAGAUCACAGCUGACAGUGAUUACAUAGUAAUUUGCAGACUCUCCCAGCAGGGGUCUCUCAGAGCACCAGGGCAGACUGAGCAGACUGUCAGAAAUUCCUCCAUCAUAAUAUCUGGCAGAAAUGAGCCACACUGAGCUGCAGGCUGGUUGUGUUUAAAUCCUUAUUCAUUGUCUCUAGCACCCCUACUCUACUUUUGUGGUGCAUCAACUCAGCAGGCUGACACAGAAUUGAAUCUAGGGGCAACUUUUCAACACCCCGUGUUUCCUAAGUUAACACAAUUUAGGGAAUAAGGGUUUGUGAUAUGUGAGACAGAGCUGAAAUGGCAAUGCACCCAUAGCUGGCUCCUGUAGCACCUCACCAUAGGGGUGAUUUUAUAUCUAUAUUUUUUGCCAGGUUUCUGUCUGAUAAUUCAUGUAUGGUAUCAAUAAAGAUGAAUUUUCACUGAAA